GUAUGGCAAUUAAUUCAAUGUUUCUGACCCCAGCCGUAACACCUUGGAAUACAACCCUUCCAGGCGUGGGACCAAACAACCCUGCUAUCAGAUUGUAUGAAUACAAUAAAGAUAACUUCGCAAUCAAGGAUAUCAAACAAUAUUUUCUGGAUCUGUCUCAGUCUGGAACACCAACCUGGAAAAUGGAAUACUCUGCGACGGCAGGCUACGGAAUCCCAGACGUAACCACGGCAUCCUUGCAAGGGUUAGUCGACUCUUUCUGGGACCAGACAAGUGACAAAUUCGACAAGUAUUACUUGUACAACAGUGUCAGCUAUGACAAGAAGAAAUGCGACUCUGUCUGCCGAAAGGUACAACUUUGCGCCAUAACCAAUGUUGAUUUCGAUGACUACGCAGUGUGCAUUUCAGAAUAUACCAGUGGAGUACAACGCUACACAGGGAGUGCACUCACUUACAUGGUUAUAUUGAUUUGUUUGAAUGUCAUAAUGCAUUCAUAUAUUCUUUAA